GGCGAGAAACUCUGGAAGAACUACUGACAACUCUGGGCCAGCAGAUCAACAAUUCGGAUUGGUUACAACAAAACACUGCUGAAAAAUUUGCUGAGGAAAAUCCCGAGGUUGCAAAGGCUUUCCAAGACGCAGCGUCGAAGAGUUCACAAGAUGGAAGGGUCUCGGGAGAUAGCUAG